AUGAUCCCAUCUCCAGCGGCAUUGGAUAGUCCCAGUCGCUGGCAAGAUCUGGCAAAAGAAAUCGUGAGUAGCAGUGCCAAGAGAUCAAGAAACCCGGAUUUCCCUCACAAGGUUCUCCGGGGCCAAGACUACUACGAGCAACUCAUCCGCGAGUGUGGAGAUUUGCGCGAUUUGCAGCGAGCCCGGCGAAUCGAUGCGGCGAUCCAAUCCAGCUCCUAUCGAGAGAACCGAUACCUCAAGAAUCUCCUCGUGAAAAUGUAUGGGCAAUGCCAUAGUUGCGAGGACGCGCUCAAGACGUUCCACUCCAUUGGCGAGCCCAACGUAUAUUCCUGGAACAUUCUCCUCGUGGCAUAUACCGAGAGUGGGCAUCUUGUGGAAGCCCAGCGCGUGUUUGAUGCCAUUCCUUGCAAGAAUGCCGUCUCUUUCAACGUAAUGUUCCAAGCAUAUGCCCAGUCUGGGAAUCUUGGGGCCGCGAAGAAAUACUUUGACCGCAUUUUGGGCUUUGACGUGGUUUCCUGGAACACGAUGAUUGCAGCGUUUGCUAGAUCAGGGCAUUUUUUCGAAGCAAAGUCCAUGUUUGAUCGAACGGACGUGCGCGAUGUUGUAACGUGGACGGUCAUGAUCGGAGCAUACUCCGCGAAUGGUUGUCUCUUACACUCAAAGACUCUCUUUUUCUCUAUGCCGUUUCGAAACAUUAUCACUUGGAACACCAUGCUACAAGCGUUUGCCCAAAACGGGCAUCUAGAUGAUUCCAAGGAUCUGUUUGAUUCGAUGCCAGAAAGAGAUACCACGUCUUGGAAUCUCAUGCUUCAGGCAUUUGCGGAUGAAGGCAGCUUACAGCAAGCGAGAGAUGUUCUGCAGAAUAUGCCUCAACCAGAUGUAGUGUCAUGGAAUAUUAUGCUUGGAGCCUACUGCCAAAAUGGCUACGUAGAAGAAUGCAAGAGAGCUUUCGAUGAGAUGCCCAACCCAAGCAUCGUUUCAAGGACCACUCUUUUGACAGUAUAUGCUAACGAAGGAUUUCUAGAAGAAGCAAGGGCCCUCUUUCUCAAGUUUCCAGAUCUUAAUGUUGUGUCUUGCACAGCUAUGGUGAGAGCCUACGCUCUCAAGGGCAAGAUCGAGGAAGCAAAAUGGACAUUCGACCAGAUUCUGGAGCCAGACAUUGUUGCAAAAACUACAUUGAUGCAGGCAUAUUCUCAAGCCGGGUAUCUCUCUUUGGCUUUAGAAAUGUUUGAGGAUAUCGUCAGCCGUGACACGAUUGCAUGGAAUGCUAUAAUCGCAGCUCUCGUUGAGAAUGGCCAUAUCAACGAUGCAAUACGAAUGUUUAAAAAAAUGCCAGCAAAAGAUUCUUCGUCCUGGGCCACCAUGUUUACCGCAUAUGCUCAGUGCGGAAAUCUUGAUGCUGCGAGUUUCUUGUUUGAGAUUAUGCCCUGCCGUGACUCAUCCUCAUUCAACGCUAUGAUUUCCACGUACUCGGGGUUUGGGUACGCAAACGACGCGCUCUCCUUGUUUAGAUUUUCGGAUCUCCAGGGCGCUGUUGUGGAUGACACGAGCUACAUGAGAAUCCUCCACUCGUUCGCUCACAAGGGCAAGGUGGCGAGCAGUAGAAGUUGCUUUGCAUCCAUUAAGAUCGACCGUGGGAUCAACCCAACGCUCCAGCACUAUUGCUGCAUUGUGGAUGCGCUAGGCCGGGCUGGCCAGCUGGAUGCUGCCGAGGAGCUCGUGGAUUCCAUGCCCUUCGAGGCUGAAGCAAUUGCAUGGGGUACACUCUUGGGCGCUUGUAAACUCCAUGGCGACGCUUUCAGGGCUGCCCGAGCUUCGCAAAAGGUGGUGGAGCUCAAUCCGCACAACACUGCUGCCUACAAACUCUUGGCUAACAUGCACAAAUAG